AGUUGUCUCGUCUGAAUCAGGAGAGAAAUAUGCACAGAUCAAGCACCGUUUACAGGCCGAAACUAUCCAAAACAGCUCUAAACAAAUAUGUCAGUGAAUUUUGAUGUGAGAGACAACAGGAGAUGGACUUUUUUCACCAAAGGAAGUGUUAUUAUGGAUUAUAGACUCAUCAUUUGGUCAGAAACAAUUGUUUAAAGUUCCUGGAUUUAUUUCUUGUGAACAUGCAGUUUUUCUCUUCACAAGAUGUUGAUUGAUGGACUGGAGUUGUGUGGAUUAUUGUGAUGUUUUUAUCAGCUGUUUGGAUUCUUAUUCUGACGGCACCCAUUCACUGCAGAGGAUCCAUUGGUGAGCAAGUGAUGUACUGUAAUGCUACUUUUCUCCAAAGCUGUUCCAAUGAAGAAUCAAACUCAUUUACAUCUUGGAUGACCUUAGGCUAGUCUCCUUUAGCGUGACCUUGUGACCAGCGCUGUGGUGGGCUCACUGUGACACUUCCAUGCUGCUGGGUGUCAGCAGUGAUGAUGGUUGGCCUUCAGUCCCAGAUGGCUCCCAUAUGGUUGAACACACCUUCAGCGUCUGUGAUUGAUCCCUUCCCCGCUAAACAUCCUCACGUGUCUAUUGAAAGGUAUGGAAAUGAGAUCAUCCUGGUUUAGAAGGUUGGACAUCCUGACCAGCUGGCAAAUGCUUACAACACCUUCAGAACUAUUAAACAAGACCCGCUUGACUAGUGGAAACCAGCCUGAUGCCUACUAAGAGCAGCAGACCACUUUCUGCUGGUUUAUGCUGUUUUUACAGCAGGAUUUACUUCCCAUUUCCUCCACUCCUUGCUUUUCCACUUGAGCUUGUUUGAAGCACAUGGCCGAAUAAGGAACGUCAUGGAUUCAGCACGAAAUGAGGGAUUUAUUCCUCUUGUAGCGUCUGGCCGUUCCCUGAAAUUGAAGGGAUGUGUUAUGUUUGUGGCAUCAGUCAGAUUGAAACAGCGUGUGUCGUCCUCCUCCCCGUGUCAUCACUCAAGGCCUUUUCCAUUCAGCUCUCUGACUGGUAAUUACAAGCGCUCAUCUGUGUCUGCCUAAUAAACAUCUCGCUGGAAUUCCUCAAGGACACACUUCCCCCUGCGUCCCACCCAACACAAUGACCAUUUCUCAGCUGUCAUUUAAGCAGCGUCCCGUGCAACUCUCGUCCUUCUAUCCCGUCUUCUCUUCUGUGCGUUGGGAUGGCGACUGAUACUGAGAGAGGUAACGCGUGUCAGAGCGGACUGGUGCCAGCGCUGGUUCGAGCUACUCUGCCCACUGUGCAAACCUCUCUGGGCAUGAAGCACUUCCUUCCCUUCCCCCUGGACGGAGGCUCCACGCUCCGCUUCAUUCCCAGCUUCAGCAGCAUGGACCCGGUUCAGAAAGCUGUUUUGCAUCACACAUUCAGCACUUCGUCCUCCUCUAGAAGGAAAGCUGUCUCGUGUGGCGUGUGCCAGCUGAGGUUUAACUCACAGAGCCAGGCAUUGGCCCACUACAAAGGCACCAAACACGCCAAGAAGCUGAAAUCCUUGGACACCCCGAAAUGCCUCAAACACAAGAGUUCCCUGGUCACCAGGGAAAAUACCAACAAGGAGCCGCCCAGAGGCCUCUCUCCCUCCACAGCGGCCAGCAACACUGACAGAAAAGGUGGGAGUCCUGGAGCGCCUGUGGCCCCUUCAUCACCCUCUUUUGCCCAAGGGUCCGGCCCCGGUGUGGAGCCCACAGAGCCAGAGUCUACCUCAGUGUCAGGAGGAGAGGACGGCCGCUCCAUCACGCCCACCCUGCCUGAACCAGAGGAGAACGACCCCGAAGUCAGUCCAGAGGCAGAGGCAGAGACGGAGACGGAGGAUGAGAAAGCGCUGCGUCUGCUCUACUGCUCCCUCUGUAAGGUGGCCGUCAACUCGGCGUCACAGCUAGACGCACAUAACAGCGGCACCAAACACAAAACCAUGCUGGAGGCUCGGAGUGGGAAUGGCUCCAUCAAAUCCUUCCCCAGGGCCGGGCUGAAGAGCAAGCUGGCUGCACCCACUAAAGCAGACACGGGCCUGCAGAACAAGACAUUCCACUGUGAAACCUGCGACGUGCGCGUCAAUUCAGAGACGCAGCUCAAGCAGCAUAUCAGCAGCAGACGCCAUAAAGACAGAGCUGCAGGGAAACCAGCCAAACCCAAGUUCAGUCCUUACACCAAAACCCAAAGAGGAGCUACCAAACAGACACAGGUGAAGAUGUCAGCUGGUAAAGACCUGUGUCCACCGCUGACCACCAGGAUAAUGCCGUCCCACCUGGCAGCUGUUGCCGCUGCGGCCGCCGCCGUUGGCUCUGCCUUCCCGCUGCGUGCCUGCCAUAACCCCGCCCUCUUUCAGACUCAGUCCCUCCCUGCCGCGCUGCUCCGCCCUGCACCGGGGCCAAUCAGGACUGCUCACACACCUGUACUGUUUGCCCCUUAUUGACCUUUGAACUAUGACCUCUGGGGGAUCCAAUCAUUAACCCCUCCAUCACCUCAUGCCCAGAUCCAAUGCGCAAUAUCGCAAUAAUUUAAAGACAAAACACGAACCAGGUAACUAUGCAUCAUCAUUUAAAUGUGACACACUGACAUUAAGCUAUAAAUGUAUUGGUGGAGAUUUGAUUUUUGUUUUUCUGUAUGGAAACCAUGAUUCAUCAUUAUCAUCGCUUAGAGUACAAGAUUGAUUUGUAAAUUUAAGGUGAGUUUGGGGACACAGAUUUGUUAAUAAUGGGGAAAAUGGAAAGUUGUAUUUCUCUGCUGUUUUGCACUUUAAGUCUUUCUGUUGUUGAUUUCCGUGCUUUAGAUGACUAGAUCCCUUCCUGUUUCCAGCUGUUAGUGUAACAAGGUCAGCAGUGCUUCAUUUGUCAAUGGACCCGUUUCACAUUUCUGUGGUUCUCAGAAACAGAAGUCAUCAUAAACUUCUAUAGUGGUGAAUGGAAUCUACAACAAAUACCGUUUUUGGGUUCCCAUUUGCUUCAAUAGAGAAAAAAAAUAAAUAAAUAAAAAACAUUAUAGCAUUUCUAUGACUUCACAAACGAGGAAGAAAUAUCUAUUCAUAUAUCAUAUCAACAUAAUCAUAUCAAAAAUGCAUAUAUCAAAUAGCUACAUGAUCAAUUACGCUGGUCAGAAAAGAGAAAUGUCAAAUUUGCCACCACUCCCUCAAAAAAUAUACUUUGAAACUAUUUUCACUCUGAAAUUGCUAAUUUAUUUCCCAAAAUUAAGAAUUUAUUGUUAAUCAUACAUUAAUUUGAUCAAAAUUAAUUUUAAUCGUUGUCUGUUCUUAAUAAAUUAACUAAUGAAAAAUUUUCCAUCACUUGCAUCACAAUUACCACAUUGAAUUAAAUUUUCCAAGUAGAAAAACUAAAAAAACUUUAAUGCAGAGGUAAAAAUGCAAAGUAUAGUGUACAUGAAAAUAUUUUAAAAACUUUGCUAGAUUUACAGUGUUAAUAACUCUGGAAAUGCAUCUGUGAAAAGGGUCCAUUUAAGACAAUGGAAUAAGUUAUUGGUGAUGGAUCUGACAGGUUUGGGACAUUAAAUGUGCAUUUUAUACAGUUACUACUUAAGAAGUUUCAGCCAAUAACUUGAGAUGUAAAUGUCAUGUGACUGAUCACGCUCGAGCAGGAAAAUUGUCAUGUUAAUUUUGAUGUUAAGAAUGUUAAGGCUGCUGACGUCAAAGGCAGUCAAAUAAAAGUUCAUUUCAAAGUUUUAA